AUGAAAAAACAAGAGGUUCCUAAAAGAACGGUUUUCAUUACCAAGUUGGAAACUUAUUUCUCAACAGUGAUACCAGAAGAGGUUACAGACUCCACGUCAACAGAAACUUCAGUGGAUUCAAAUACAAUAACGGACGUUGAAUCAACAACUGCUGCGCAUAGCUCCAUGGUAACUACUUUACCAUCUCCUUAUUACACUGCCAGUGAAACGUUCACUACGACUGAGACAGCAGUUGCAUCUAACCAAGAACGGCCAAUCUCGAAGCAAGAGUUAUUGGCAAUGGAAGAAAUUAAACGACUAGAGCAAUUACUUUUAGAUCUAAAGAAGGAAAUGUUACUUCAACAGGAAAACUUUCGACUUCAAAUGUUGUCGAUAUAUAAUGCAACAAAAGAAGUUACAACCACGAAACAAACAACACAAACAGCACAAACAACAAAUGUAAUUGGGCUAGAUCAUGAAAAGAACCACGGUAAGAAUAUCUUGAAUCAAAAGAAUCCAUCAAAUUCCGUAUUGAUAGUUCCGCAAUUCCAGAAUCAUAGAAAAGAAAAUGAGGAACAUAGUACCCAUGUGUACCAUCAUGAAUAUGCAAAACCGAAAGUUCCUUGGUAUGGGGUAGCUGCCACAACUGAAACAACAACCUCUGAUGAAAUAAGCAUUGCGCCUACCCCAGAGCCGGAAAAAGAUAAUUUGCAUCCCUUUGCACCUAUAAAGACCGGGGAAGUGCAGGAUCCAUACGACUACGUUAUCACGUAUGAUGUUACAGAAUCAUUACAAGUUUCAAAGGAUACACAGUCAACUCAAAGCGACGUAACUGAAACGCCAAUUGCAACCGAGGACACAACUACAGUUACAGCAACAGCCACAGUGACAAAAAGAAGAGAUUAUAGAUUUAGGAAUAAUAAUCUGACCAUUGACUUUGAUGUAUUUCAUUUGGAUGUACUGGAGAAUCAAGGUAAUCACUACAAGAAAUCGUUUCUAAUAUGGUUGUUAGCAAGUGUAUUAAUGUGUUUGUAUUAA